AUGAGAGCAGUUUCACGUAGCUACGUAUACUGGCCUGGUAUCGACGAGUGCAUUGCCAAACUUGUUUUUUCCUGUACCGAGUGUGCUCGGGAUGCCAAAACUAACACUAGAACCUACAUGGAGUCCUGGCCCGUACAAGAAAAGCCCUGGCAAAGACUGCAUAUUGAUUACGCUGGCCCUGUUGACGGUUGGUACUACCUCAUCCUGGUCGAUGCAUACUCGAAAUGGCCGGAGGUCGUCCGAACUCGUCAAACGACAUCACCAGCUACCAUUGAAAUUCUGGAGGGCAUCUUCGCUCGCUUCGGAAACCCGGAGGCACUGGUUAGUGACAAUGGACGCCAGUUCAUCAGCGGGCAGCUCGAGGGGCUCUACGACACCAUAGGCAUACUGCACAUGUAG